AGAAGCCAAGUCACCCCCUCCACAACACCCAGCCCCUGACCCAAUGGAGUGACUAUUACGCAUAUAGGGGGUUCAGACUUGACUCCCCCAUUGCAAUCCUGCUACAUUGGCCACUCACCAUGUUUUAUAUCCUCACAACUCUUUUACCUCAAAAUUACCCUCAUGCGGACCAGGUUAUAGAGCAGCCAAAUAGUUUCCUAAUACAUAUGCUAGGUGUGGAGAAGGAAAUAGAAAUGAUACCACUCUUUAAGGAGUUAGCCUACCUCAUCCCAGGUGUGAGCUUUGAGAUCCACAUGAUAGGACCAGAUAUUGCCGACACCGCAGAUGGCAAAGCGUACGAUGAUGUUGAUCUACAUGUUAUGGUGCAUAAAUGUGCCUAUCAUGAAUAUCCAGGACCACCACCUGACUUCAUUAUAGGUUUCAAUGCUGGUAUAGGAGCCUACAUGCCCUGGGCUAACACCCUUGUGACUCUAAAGGAGCUUGGAGUGCCUGUGUAUUUCACAGACUACUGUCAGUAUAGCUGCGAAUGUGCCAACCCUCCAAUGGAACACCUGAAGCUGGGAACAGCAACUAAGCCAAUGAUCAACCCAUUCAGGUGCCCUGUGCGCAAAUUCUGUGAAGAGCAACUCAUGCCAUGGUAUAGCAAUGGAUUCAUCUACACAUUGGACUUUAACUAUAAAUCAGGUGCUGGUGGUGAUGCUGAUCGCUAGGACUCGAUGGAGAUAUUCUCUGAGUUUGAAGUCAUGAUAUGCUGCAUAGUAAUCUUUUGCAACUCAUGAUCUGGGAUAGCAAUCUGGUCCUGGU